AAGGUUGCUUUGGUCAAAGCCCAACCCACACUCCAAGGACACCACCACCACCACAGGCCUAACUCUGUCUCUUUCUCUCUGACUCACCAUGGCAGUUUCUUCGUCCUCUCCGUUAUCAAGAACUCUCAGGAUUGGUAUAGUGGGAUUCGGCCCCUUUGGGCAGUUCCUGGCAACAACCAUGAUGAAACAAGGCCACACCCUCACCGCAACUUCUCGGUCAGAUCACUCUCAGCUCUGCGCCCGCUUGGGCAUCUCAUUCUUCAGGGGCAUGACUGAAUUUAUUGAAGCAGAGAAUGAUGUUAUAAUGCUAUGCACAUCUAUACUAUCUCUAACGGAGGUCCUCAAGUCUUUGCCUCUCCACUGUCUUAAGCGGCCGACACUCUUUGCCGACGUCCUAUCGGUUAAAGAAGGCCCAAGAGAGGUUCUAUUGCAAGUGCUUCCCGAGGAGUCGGAUGUGCUUUGCACUCACCCAAUGUUUGGACCAGAGAGUGGGAGAGAUGGGUGGAAUGGUUUAUCUUUCAUGUACGAGAGGGUUCGAAUAAGGGAUGAAGCUACCUGCUCCUCUUUCCUACACAUUUUUGAGAGUGAGGGUUGCAGAAUGCUGGAAAUGUCCUGUGAAGAACAUGAUAAACUGGCGGCGAGGAGUCAGUUUCUUACUCACACCAUUGGCAGGAUACUGUCAGAAAUGGAGAUUGAGUCCACACCUAUUGACACAAAAGGCUUUCAGACACUUAUUCAAUUGAAAGAGAGCACAAUCAGAGAUAGUUUCGAUCUGUACAGUGGGUUAUUUGUCCAUAAUAAGUUCGCUAAACAAGAGCUGAACAACCUAGUACUCGCAUUUGAGAAGGUCAAACAGAAGCUAGAGGAGAUGAACGAGAAGUCGGAUCUAAGCAUGCAGCCAUUAUAGAGACGAGCCUCACAGAGAAGAUAAAUUUGAGGGUUCUUUGACUGCUUUAUUGGUUUGGUACUUCUCCUUUUUCUGGUAGAUUAUUAGUGUACACCAAAACUAAUGUUAACUAGACCCUCUGAGCUUGAAUGCGGCUCAUCUCUACAUGUAUGGAUUCGAUUUUUUAUUUUAAUGGGUCAAAAUUCAGAACUGAAAA